UGCCAGUACCAAAACGGUUCUCUUAUCAAAGAAACACGCAACCAAAAAACUGCAUUCAAUCAACGUUGCUUACCAUGGGAAGUGCUUGUUUUUCCUGGGACUUUUGUUUAUUUUUCUUCCUCAUAACCACUUGUGAGGUGAUGGGGAAUGUUGGACUCGCAGAUGCAGAUGAGUGCUCUGAAGCCACGGAUGACUGUCACAUCGACGCCCUCUGCCAGAACACCCCCAAAUCCUUCAAGUGCAUCUGCAAGCCGGGUUACAAAGGAGACGGCAAGCAGUGCGAAGACAUGGAUGAGUGUGAGAAUGACUACAACGGGGGCUGCGUCCAUGAGUGCAUCAACAUCCCAGGCAACUACAGGUGCACCUGCUAUGAUGGGUUCAUGUUGGCCCACGACGGGCACAACUGUUUGGAUGUGGAUGAGUGCCUGGACAACAAUGGAGGCUGCCAGCAGGUGUGUGUGAAUACAAUGGGCAGCUACGAGUGUCUCUGCACGCAAGGCUUCUUCCUCAGCGACAACCAGCACACCUGCAUCCACCGCUCUGAUGAUGGAAUGAACUGCAUGAACAAGGACCACGGCUGCGCCCAUAUCUGCCGGGAGACACCCAAGGGGGGCGUGGCUUGUGAAUGCCGGCCUGGGUUCGAGCUGGCGAAGAACCAGAGAGACUGUACAUUGACUUGUAACUAUGGGAACGGAGGCUGCCAGCACACCUGUGACGAUACGGACGUGGGGCCGGUGUGUGGCUGUCACCAGAAGUACGCCCUGCACUCGGACAGCAAGACCUGCAUCGAUCUGUGCUCUGUUGCACCACGGAAAUGUCGCCCGGAGUUUCACGAUGAUGAUGAGAGAGAUGAGGCUGCAAUUGAGAGCUCUGAGUUCAAUGCCACGUCAGUAGCUGAUGUGGACAAGCGGGUGAAACGGCGGCUACUUAUGGAAACCUGUGCAGUGAACAAUGGCGGUUGUGACAGGACGUGCAAGGACACUGCUACCGGGGUACGCUGCAGCUGCCCUGUGGGAUUCACCCUGCAGCCAGAUGGCAAGACCUGCAAAGACAUAGAUGAAUGCCAGGAGGCCUUCAAUAAUGGCGGGUGUGACCACUUCUGCAGAAACACAGUGGGCUCCUUUGAAUGCAGCUGCCAGAAGGGCCACAAACUCCUGACGGAUGAGCGCACCUGCCAGGAUAUUGACGAGUGUUCUUUCGAGAGAACAUGCGACCAUACCUGCAUCAACUACCCUGGCAGCUUCGAGUGUGUCUGUCAGCAGGGAUACACUCUGUAUGGCCUCACACAUUGCGGAGACAUCGACGAGUGCAGUAUCAACAAUGGCAGCUGUGAGCACGGUUGUGUGAACACCCAAGGAGGCUACGAGUGUGUGUGUCCGCCCAGUCAGAAACUCCACUGGAACAAGAAGGACUGCAUCGAGGCGGUGAAGUGCUCGCCCAAUGGGAAACCAGCGCCACGUGCCCAGCUCAGCUGCGACAAGCGAGGCGGGGUGGAGGUGUGCUCGCUUUCUUGCCCUUCCAACGCUCUCUUCCUUGCAGACUCGGAGAACAGUUACACACUCAGCUGUGGUGUCCCAGUGCAACCUGGGAAGGCACCACAGAAGAGGAAUGCCACCACAGCCCUGCUUACCUGUGCAGACACAAUAGCCCCGCCCAUUAAGCAAAAGGCCCGUUUUAAGAUCAAAGAUGCCAAGUGUCACUUGAGACCCAGGAACAAGGAGAAACACAGAGAAACGACAAAACCCAGCCUGCAAGGGGGGCAGUUCCCCUGUACUGACGACUGCCAAGUGACCUUUGUCAAUCUGAAGUGUGACUCAUCUAAAAAGCGGCGGCGAGGCCGCAAGUCCCCUUCCAAAGAGGUUUCCCACAUCACGGCUGAGUUUGAGAUGGAAAUGAAAGAGGAGGAAGCGUCAGGUCAGUGUGGCUGUGUAACAUCAGACUUGUGUAACGUAGAAUGCCUGAGGGAGCGCAUGAAGCAGAGGUUACAGAAUGCCAUGCGUACUCUGAGGAAGUCCAUCAACAAGCAGCAGUUCUACAUCCAUUUCUCUGGUACGGAGUACGAGGUGGCCCAGAAACCUGCCUUGCACAUUGAGCAUUGCAGCACCGGACAGGUCCUAAGGGACGGGAAGUGUGUGAGUUGUGGUAUGGGUACCUAUUACAGUGGAGAUCAAGACCAGUGUGUCCAGUGUCCACCCGGGACAUACCAGGACACAGUAGGCCAGCUCUCCUGUGAGCCCUGCCCCAGCAUCGAGGGUCAAGGCAUCGCUGGGGCCAAGAAUGUGUCCCAGUGCGGAGGCCAGUGUCCGGCGGGUCAGUAUUCAUCAGAUGGCUUUCGCCCGUGCAACCCGUGUUCCCUGGGCUCGUUCCAGCCAGAGCCGGGUCGCGUUCUCUGCUUCCCCUGUGGAGGAGGCCUCAUGACCAAAUUUGAGGGAUCAGUCGCCUUCAGGGACUGUGAGGCUAAAGUGCACUGUGCUCCUGGACAUCAUUACAAUUCCAGCAACCACCGCUGUAUCCGCUGCCCAGCCGGCACAUACCAAUCAGAGUUCGGGCAGAACUAUUGCAUCAACUGCCCUGGCAACACCACCACCGACUUUGAUGGCGCCACCAAUGUCUCCCACUGCAAGAACCAGGUGUGUGGGGGUGAGCUGGGGGAUUACACAGGCUACAUUGAGUCUCCUAACUACCCCGGCGACUACCCAUCCAAUGUAGACUGCAUCUGGACCAUCAACCCUCCUCACAAGAGACGCAUCCUCAUCGUGGUGCCGGAGAUAUUCCUUCCAAUCGAAGACGAGUGUGGAGAUGUGCUCGUCAUGAGGAAGAGUGCCCUGCCCACCUCCAUCACCACCUAUGAGACAUGUCAAACAUAUGAGCGGCCAAUCGCCUUCACCUCCCGCUCCCGUAAGCUCUGGAUCCAGUUCAAGUCCAAUGAAGGCAACAGUGGCAAGGGCUUCCAAGUACCCUAUGUCACCUAUGAUGAGGACUACCAACAGCUGAUAGAGGACAUAGUCCGGGACGGCAGGCUGUACGCCUCCGAGAAUCACCAGGAAAUACUGAAAGAUAAGAAACUCAUCAAAGCCCUUUUUGACGUGCUGGCUCACCCACAGAACUACUUCCGGUAUACAGCCCAGGAGUCCAAAGAAAUGUUCCCACGCUCCUUCAUCAAAUUCCUGCGCUCCAAAGUCACACGCUUCCUACGGCCAUACAAAUAGACCAAUACACCCACAGUCAGUUACCCAGACACCAACACCAACUGAUUAUCCUCUGCCCACCGCGCCCUUUUCACUACUUAACUCUUCCAAACUCUACAACGCGCCCCGUCGACAUCCCCAUGUGUUAUACGCCCCACCUUUGUUAUCCUCCAUUUUUCUGAAAAAUCCUUCCCGAAUCUAACCCCUUUCUUCAACACCCUCUUUUCCCUAUUCACUCAUAUCUCCCCACACCCCUGUCAAACCCUAUCCAGAGUUCCUCCUGCUUGCUGUCCCUAUAUUUCCUGCACAGGACCACGGAACUGCCUUUCCCUUUUUUUGGGGGAUAUUUCUACAGUCCUUACUUUUAUUUUGGUUAAGUGUUGUUGUUUUUUUGGUUAUAUUUAUAUGUUAGAACCUACAGAAGCCCACAUCAUGGAUGUUUUAUGAAAUAUGUACAUACAGACAUGUUGUCUACCAGUAACAAUGUAUGUGUAUACGUGUACGUACAUAUGUAUAUACUAUAUGUUUGUGUAUUCACACAGUAUGUGGUAAUAUCUUUUUUUAGAUAUUUUGAAAGGCCCCUGGUGUGCACAAGAUGGAUUUCUCAAAAUGCUUGGUGCACCUUUAUGUCAUUUGAUGUAAACAUUUUCAAUGUCUAAAGACAUUUCUAAGUUCAGCCUCCCAGAACAUUCCACUUCCAGCUAAGUAUAACUGAGUACAGUGAACGUACGCUUUUAAAUAUGUUUUUUUUUUAAAGUUAUAUAGCGAGAUGAUAAAACUACCUGCAAGUAACUGACGUUACUAUAGAAAGAAAUGUAUGUGAUGUAACUAAUAUUUGGAACUUUAAUUGCACUUGAAUUUUAUAUUUUAAACUGUAGAAAAAAAUCUAAGUUACAUUUUUCCUAUGUUUUGUGUUGUAUAAAAAUUUAUCACCUUUGUUGUAGCAAAAAGGGAGACAAUUGUCCCCUUUUAUUCUCACCACACCAGUAACCCAUAACCCAAACCCCAGCAUUCAAAAUAUAUAGACAGACACCAUCAAACAGAAAUUUGUCCUGAAACAUUGGUAUUGCUAAAACAAAUUAUUUAAAGGGAUUUUCCUUAAUGAUGCAAUACUACGGAUGUUUCCGUCUCCUCAAUCUGCUUCAUCCCUUUAAGACCCAUCUAACUAGUUGCCAGAGAAAAGGGGCGUUAUGUGUAAAGCUUCUUAUAUGAUGGCACUAAGUGAACGCCUAAAACCACCUGUUUUUCAUUGGUCCACUGGACUUCUCCCAAAGUCUCAUUGACUCCAGACCAUUGAUUUAAUAUCUAAACAAAACUGUUAGUUUGUUUAUUGUUGUGCGCAAUGCUAUUGGAGGAAAUAUGUAUUGUAAGAGAAAGAGACCGUCGGUUUCGAGGUGAAUGUAGUGACGUAAAUAUGGAGCAGAAGUCUGUUCGAAAGUAUUGUAACGAGAGUGUUUGUAUGUCCAUAGCACUUGCAGCUGUAACUAUCACCCAGAGAGCACCUGUAUUGAGUAGGUGAGCUCUUCAGAACUGACCAAAAAUUGUCAAAAUGUCCUAGCAAAUAAAUGCUUAUGGUUCUUUCCACUCUCUUAGCAAGUCAGUUUGAAUAUAUAACAGACUUAUUACACUGCUAAUACGCCGCUACUACAUUGUUAAAAAAUCAUCUACAAAUUCUUUGUGCUGGGCACAAGGACGAUAUGCAUAAUUAUAUGGCUUGUAUCUUUUUACUUUGAGGCCAUAUACUGAAGGCCACUGAAUAGGGUUCAGAUAAGUCACUUAUUCAUAAAUUCAGUGUUGUGCCCUAAUCUAGUCUAAUAGUCACCCUACUGUUGUUUAGUAGAGCUGAUUCUGAUCUGGUGGUUCAGCAUUGACAGGAUAUCUGUCAACCAACCCCAAUCAGAAGAAUCCAAUUACCUACAGUAGGUUUGCGGCAGAAAACAUUACUGGUCUUCAAAUCCAGACGUUAGAGGGUGCGGUCUGGAGGAAGGACCUUGCACCAAGAUUUCAAGUAAACAAGAGCGGAUGAAGAAAGGAUUUGAUAGCUAAUAAUGUUUUCACAUUCAACUAAGUUGUUUAUCCUCUCAGUUCACUCAAAAUGGCAGCCACACCCAGAGGCUUAGCCAAUGAUGGUGGAGAAAAUGGGACAUCGCACUCCCCAAUAUUUGCUGGUGGACCCUGAGCCCCUCUGGUCUAGUUUUUGUCUGACGCCCUGAGGAGCGGAUGCCCCGAAGCGAGACCUCACGGUUUAAUUUUUUCUGGUUGGGGUCUGUGACAAGUGUGAAGGGAAGAGUAAGUAUACCAGAAUCAGUUCAUCCCACACUAAAGUGGGCAUGCCAGAUAUUAUGGAGGAACAGUGAGGUGACACAGGAAAACAUGCCCACCGAAGAGAGGGAACACCCAGUGACACAGACAGUGACCCCUGAAAUCAUUUUUUGUUAUGGUUAACAGCUUAAGUCAUUCAUCUUCAUUUACCACCAUCUUUGGCACAGAUAUAUGUUGGUACAGUGCGCCCACCUCCUCUAGAGAGAUGUUGUGGGUGUUUAGUGUGGUCAAAGGUCAAGUAUGGGGUGCUUAUAUUUGUCCUGUUUAACACAUGUGCAAGUGUGUAGUUGUGAAAUGGAAAUGUAUUUUUUGAUUAUCCCAUUCUCCCUCUUGAGAGUAGGGUCACUGCCAGGGAUCAGCAUUUUUUGACAGCGACCCUUGGGGGCUAUGAUGUUGAUGAUAAUGGUUAUGAUGAAAAUCGGUAUGAAAUGCUCUAAAAUGUAUGAUAGACUUUUACUGAGAAUGUAUUUUAUUGUGUGUGGGUUUGACAUGUGUGUGUGGAACUGAUACAGAAAGAGUGUAUGUCUUAUGAAAGGAUGUACUGUAUUGUGUACAUGUAUGUGUGCAACAGAGAUGUGUGCGUGUGAGUGAGAGAGCGAGCUAGAGAAAGAGAGACUCUGUAUUUAGUUUAGUCAGUUUUAUAGAGGAAUAAUUUUAACGUGUGUGUUAGUCAGUUGUACCCAAAGAGAGAAACUGUAUCACAGUGUUUUGCCAUUGUUUGGUCCAUGGAAAUUCAGUAAAGAACAAAUUCAAAUAAAACAGUAGCAGAAAAACAA